AUGCCUCUGAUAUUACUGACAAGCAUAACAGGCUACCAUGUUAUACCCAUAUCACCCGACAAAUUCAACAAAGUAGGGGACAAAAUAUUUAUUACACUCUCACCGGACGGCGCUGGACACUAUGAUGCUCUUCAAGAACUAGACACAAUCCAAGAAGAUGAAAAGAACAUAGCAGAAAAAGAAAAUAAAUGCACCUGUGGUAUGAACAGGAAAGCUUCUAAAUCAAAGGAAAACUGCAAGGAUAGCAAAACGGAAUCUGGUCGGACUUACGUAUUUCACGCUGUCCUUGUCUACGUGCCAAGAAGGGUUGUGGAGAGUCGUGCAAAUGCAAAGAAUGCAGCAAUCCGUUUGGUAUGAAAAUACUUGUUGAAAAGAGUGAUAAACCUAAAACAAGACGAAGAGCACAAACAGACAUGAGUGGAGAGUGAAGAGAUGGAGCAGAAUACAUGAAUAGCGAGAAUGAAGAAGUCUCAUACAGUAAAUGGACAAACAAAGAAAAUUUUCUUUUUAUGCAGCAUGUUACCAAUCCAGAAACACUGAAUGCUGAUACAGACAAUCAAAAACUCCACAAUCUUACCAAGAAUUUCAAUGCAAGCAUCCUUGAAUCUGGAAGAGGUUUGAGAAUUUCAAUGUUCAUCCAAAAACUUAGAAACAAGUUAAAAACAAAUUGUCGAGGAUUAGGAGGGUUAAGGAACUGGCGUAUCACACAAUUGAAGAACAAUUGA